AAUCAUCACCUCGUAUCUAUCCAGUCCAGGGUUGCUGUCAGCCUUCCUCCUUCAAGUUAUUUGCCUAGAAACAUAUCCUCCUCUUUCUCCUAACCUUUGAACAACUCGUUUUCAUGCCUCAACGAUGAGACCCGCACUCGGCUUGGAGAAUCCGGAACCACGUCCUCGCAAAUCGUCCGUCGCCGAACCCUCCCCCCUAGCUGGUGAGCGCUGCACCGGGCCUCCGACUACUUUCUUUCUCGCGCGUGAUCCUGACGCUCCCAUAUCACGGUCGGAGACGACUCCCGCUACAGCGUCAGCGGCUCUGCCUGUAAGUAGCCUCCAGGAUGCCAUGCAAGAGGCGGAGAGAUCUGGCAAGUACAGCGCAGCGCGGCCACCCGAGACGAGGAGCGGUAGUCGGAGGAGAUCAACUAUAAGACCUGCCCAUGGUGAACGCUUGCGGAGAGGCUCCUCGAUCGCCCAUGCAGAACCGAGUCACGCACGCCAUGUCCGUGGUGUCACUCCCUCACCUCUGCCUUCCUGUGAUAUCUCCCUGCCUAGCAGUCCAAAGUCCGGCUCAUCCAGAUCUCUUCCUCGAUCCGAGGACGAACUCACCAGCGAGGAGGCUGGAAGUCAGGCGAUAGGAUCUAGCGAAGAGGACGAGGAGGAGACGCCGGCAAUCGUCCAAGACAGUCAGCCGGAACUCAUCAUGCCGAGUAUUAAGAUGCCUAGUCGAAGACCGUUUACCCAGCGAGGGAAGCGUCUUGGGAGAUUCAAGAUAAUGGUGGCGGGGAGAAAAGGUGCUGGCAAAACAUCUCUUAUCAAAUCGAUUGUGCAGCUUUGCGAAGAUAUAGUCCACGUCGACCCUGUGCCGUUGGCACCGAACCGUGCAUCUUCCCGAAGCUCAUCUGGAUCCCUGGAAGUGGUGAACGAGGUCUACGCAAGCACCAAACCAUAUCCUGCUUGGUGGUCGAACGUCGAAGAAAGCCGGAUUUUGAGGAGAAGGAAAAGCAUGGGUGAUUCCGUGCUUGAGCGGAACAUUUGCUUCGUCGACACAAAUGACUCAGCGAAACUGGAGAAUAUCAUUCACUAUGCUGAACAGCAGCUUAUCAACGUAAUGACCUCCGUCAACCAGCUCGCAAACGAGUUAUCGGCGCUACUCAGUGGGCGCGGCUCGUCACAGGUCGACGUGAUUCUCUACCUCAUCUCCAAAGACCAUAUACAGGAUGACUGUGACCGCAUCCGGCAGCUAUCGGAGCUUUGCAAUGUCAUUCCGCUUGUGGCAAAGUCAGAUCUGCUCACCAUGGAUGAGCAGGAACAAAUCAAACAAUCCACGGAUCUUAGCCUCGUCUCACUCCCUCGCCUACCGACAAGUUUAGUGUCCGACCCCGAACCCAAGGCGACUGCAACGGCUCCCUAUACCGUAACAUCAAUCAAUGGUCCUGAUCUCGACACGAUGGACGCAUCUUUGCUGAUGUCACCUGAAUAUAUUCAACCUUUGCUGCCAUCAGAGCUCAGUCUCCUCGUGGAACAAAUAUUUGAGCCGGAGACAGUGGCAUAUCUACGGCACACGUCCGCGCGCAAAUUGGUGGCCUGGCACGCUGAUCAUCCUAAGUUGACGUCUAUGCCAUCACCAUCAUUGCCAUCCGUGCACAACUCGACGCUCGCAUCUCCCUUGGCCACAUCACUCAGCAACUCUGGAGUUCUCAUACCGCUUGGGUCUGAAGUGUCUCUCAACAUUUCGAACAGCUGGGCCCUGGCCAAGGUUGCAGACCACACGCAGCGCGAGGAGCGCCUGGCUCAAGUCCGACUUUCCAAAUGGGCGAGCGAACUGCAACUCAGCCUUCAGCGUGAACGAGAGCGGUAUGAGAGAUUAGCUCGAGGCGACCGGGCUGUUUGGUUGGUGGACAGACUUGGUGAGGAAGUCCGUGAGGGACAUAUCCUACCACUGGAAACCCCGCAGGCGUUGGUUCACAAGCGAGGCAAAUCUAGCGUGAGCUACGGGGAAGUUCCGAGCUAUCAGAUGCAUGACCCGCUGGGGCUGCUUCGAUGGCAAGACAGCAUGCGGACUCGUGGCUGGAUUGCUCUACAGAUAAUGGGAAGUUUCGGCGUAGUUGGAGGGAUUGCGUUCUGGGUUGUCAAGUCUUGGGGAUUGACUGCUACUAUCAAUGAGUGGGCGCAAUGCUGGCAUAUGUCGUUGUUUGGGCAUGAUUGAUGAGAGGAAGAAAAAAUGACGGACUAUGAUGGAAGGACCCGGCGUACCUACCGAGGCAGGGUAGCGACGCCAUCAUAUGCGCAGUCCAUACGGCGAGCUGGCGUAACCAUGUAUGUAGAGAGCAGGUUGCGGACGAUAGGUGGACACGACCGUGGUAGGAUAUCCCGAUGCCGCUUCUCUCAGCCUGAGUACUCAGCUAGAUAGGCGACCUUUACUCCAUACUCCAUACAA